AUGUCUACCCCCGAUAAUGGCCAACUUACCGAUAGAAAGAUCCUCAUCUUCGACGUCUAUGGGACGUUAAUGGACUGGGAAAGUGGGAUCUACGACGCCCUACAGCCUUUAUUCUCCAAAUUCGAAGUGGCGAAGAAAUGGUCUAGGAAGGAAGCAUUGCAAGCCUUUGGCGCUGUCGAGACAGACUUGCAGACCCAGUUUCCAGAGAUGCCAUACUCGGAGCUACUGGCAAAAGUUCAUGAAGUCCUCGAACAGAGGUUGAAGGCUCUCUCUUCGCAGGACACUCAGGCGGCGACUUUGGAUGCCGGUCAUCAGGUUGCUGGAGAGGCACCUAGUGGCUCUAGCGCCACGGGCGCCUCUACCUCUGCAGACGCAGGAACAAGCGCCUCAUCAAGCGAAUCCAAUCCCCACACCGCGUUUGGCAACUCGGUUAAGAACUGGCCGAUCUUCCCUGAUACAACCGACGCCCUCAAGCGACUCUCCAAACACUUCAAGCUUGUCGUCUUGUCGAACGUGGAUCGGGGUUCAUUCCAGUUCACUCAUGCUGUUCUUUCCACCGGAAGUCUUCCGUCUACAAAGGAGGUUUUGGAGCCAUACCUCUACCCCACCAACAACCCUAACAAGUUCUGGCAUCCGCAGGCUACGAGUCCCAACUCGGCUUCACCAUUCACAGUCCUCGCCACCGCGCAGGAUACGGGGUGCUACAAGCCAUCUCUAGGCGGGUUCCAAGCCCUACUGGACUACGCGAAAUCCCACCCCGAUCUCCUUGGUGGAAGCCUCGGAGAAGGGGAGGAUAUCAAAGAGAAGGUGCUCAUCGUUGCCCAGAGCUUACCCCACGACCACGUUCCAGCCAAUCGGCUCGGGACCAAGAGUGUGUGGAUUGAUAGGCAGUCGGCGGUAACGUGCAACGAGCUCCCUGGUGCGGGUGGUCAGGCGAAGAAGAUUUGGACGUGGAGGUUUGAGACGCUUGGGGAGAUGGCGGAUAAGGUGGAGGAGGAGCUUAGGCAAUCGUGA